AUGAGCAGCGACGAGGAGAACACCAAGGGGUUCCCGUGCUCGUGUGCGGAAGGAGCUACCGUGGCCGUAGCCGUCAGCGCGAAGCUCCGCGAACAGCGACUGCCGCUCGAUCAGCACCAACAGCGACUGCUCAACAUGGCCUCCGCUGCUAUUCCUGCUAUUCAUCGCUACGACGCGAAUGGCGAGCGACGCAUGAGUGAAGCUGAACGUCAUGACAUCAAUGGAUCGGACAAGGCCAGCACAACGAACCAUUUGAAAGCUGAAGGACAACUUGAGAUGAAUAUGAAAUUACACCAGCUACUCGAUGAAAAACUAGAAGAAAAAGGCACACCGGUGACGUCACCAAGAAGGCCUCUAGAUGAAUCGCAUAUGCCAAAAUUGCUCAAAAUCCAUGAUGGUAACAUCAUGCGAAACGUUUCUGCGACGAACCUGGUCCAUGAUUUGCAUGAAGCAAAAAUCGCACCAGCCCUCGAUGCCCCCCAGCAACUACCCGAAACACGAGUAUUGUGCUUGUAUACGGGUGGUACGAUAGGAAUGAAAAGUCAAGACGGAGUUUACUCACCACAAGCCGGCUAUUUACCUGAAGUGAUUCGCACCAUACCACCACUUAAUGAUAAAUUAUUCAUAGAGAAGAAUUUUGCUAACUCACCGGUGAAACCAUAUGCUUUGCCACCAGUGAGACUUAUGAAAAAACGGGUUGUAUAUUGGAUAGUCGAAUAUGAGCCUCUUCUGGACUCUUGUGAUAUGACAUUCGACGACUGGAUCAGAAUUGCAACUGAUAUUAGAAAGGCUUAUCACAAUUAUGACGGGUUUGUCGUACUACAUGGUACCGACACAUUAGCAUAUACAGCUAGCGCAUUAUCAUUUAUGAUGGAAAACCUUGGAAAACCAGUAAUAAUCACAGGAAGCCAGAUCCCAGUCGCCGAGGUUCGUUCCGAUGGUAUGGAAAAUCUCGUUGGAGCAUUGAUCAUUGCUGGCAAUUAUGAUAUCCCCGAGGUGUGCGUCUACUUCAACAAUAAAUUGAUGCGAGGAAAUCGUACAGUCAAAAUGGAUAAUGCGGCUUUAGAAGCUUUCGAUAGUCCAAAUAUGCAACCGUUAGCUAGGAUGAAUAUCAAAAUUCAAGUAAAUUACGAUUCAAUAUUUCGCAGUACCGUCGUUAACCCAUUCGUUGUACAUGAUAAUUUAUGCCGCAAUGUUGGACUACUGCGAAUUUUCCCCUCAAUGAGCAUUGAAUCUGUCCGUGCAUUCCUCGCUCCACCUACAAAAGGUGUCAUCCUGCAAACUUUCGGCGCUGGCAACAUGCCAACCCGUCGGAAAGACAUCAUUGAAGCUUUGAAAGAAGCAAUUGCUCGAGGAUGUCUGGUUGUGAAUUGUUCCCAGUGUCUCCGAGGACAAGUGGAUGUAAAUUACGCUACCGGAAAGAUUCUCUACGACAUUGGCGUUAUCCCCGGUUCGGAUAUGACUUCUGAAGCGGCAAUGGCUAAAAUGUGUUAUGUGCUUGGUAAAGACGAAUGGGAUCACGAAACAAAGCGAAUGAUGCUACAAGCAAAUCUACGUGGUGAGAUGACUGUGACGAACGAAGACGUGAAAAUGCGUGAACUUGACAUCAUUCCGCACAUUGCGAAGUGCUUGCGGUUAUCGUCAGGCAAUGAAGUGCAACUGAUCCGUGACACAAUUCUUCCACCUUUAUUCUGUAAUGCCGCAAAAACGAACAAACCGGAGAUAUUGAAGAGUAUUAAGGAAGCUGGCGUCAAUUUCUCCAGCCCUGACUACAACCUGCGAACUGCGCUUCACGUGGCUGCGUCUAAUGGAAACCUCGAAGCUGUUCGUUAUUUGCUUAGCAUCGGUGUAAAUAUCCAUGCCAAGGAUCUCUUCAGCUACAAUCCUCUUCUCUGUGCAGUAAAAGCUAAAGCACGUAAAUGUGUUGAAGAACUUCGUAAAGCUGGUGGAGUCAUCGACAUUCCACAAUUCAAACUUGGUGUGGAUCUUUGUCUCGCCGCAGCUCAUGGAGAUGUUGAGCAGCUGAGAUGUUGGGAAGCAGCUGGAAGUGGGCUUAUUGAGACAGAUUAUGAUGGAAGAACAGCUUUGCAUGUGGCAGUCAAUCAUCAUCAGAUAGAAGCAGUCAAAUAUCUCAUGCAGCAAGGUCUCGAUCCUUUUGUUGUUGACGAUUUUGGCACAACACCAAUGAGCGAGGCAAAGCGGAAGAAUUUCAAGGACAUUAUAAAUGUGAUAAAUGAAGAACUUGCGAAGCGUAAAACCAGCAAAGAGAAGGAGAGUGCAGAAGAAGAGAAGGACUCUGCAGAGAAAGUGCACAACCAGUGAUAGACAAUAUUAAAUUAAUCUUCUAAAUACUCUUCCUUUAGAUGAGGAGUUGUAGCUAAGACUAGUAAGCAAAUCUAUAGAGUAAUUUAUCGAGCAAUAGCAGCAAGUUCCCUUUGUCUCAAAGACAGUGUCGCCGGUCUAUGUGGCCCGGCUCCUGUGCGGCCGCCUCGCUUGGACCGUGCGUCGCGUCUGCGGAGUACCCAGUGAGCAUUCUCAAACCUAAACGGAGAGCGUAUGCUCUCGGAGUGUCUAGAGCGCAGUCCGCAGACGCGGCGCAAUGCCCAAGCGAGGCGUCCCGAAUCCGCACUACACGGCGACGCUGUCGUUGAGACAGGGCAUAGAUUAGGUGGUCUAAUUUAGCCGUCAAAUUUCGCUUGUUGAUUGAUUGGUUGUAUCUGUGUUAUUAUAACGGCAAGUGUUGUGGGUCUAAUCACAAUUUUAAUUCGAGCCUCCUAAAAUGAUUUGGAAGUCAUAUGUUUCGUCGAAUUCUGUGGCCUUUCGCUGCGCUUGCCCUAUGCGAUGCGGCAGGCCACAAGCUUCUGUAGGCCCACAACCUCUUGUCAAAGAAUCAAGGCCUAAAGAAUUUCUAAGGAUCAGGUGUUAGACUGCGAGUUAGCUAUGCAUCUAGCAUUCGAUUUCCCAUUUUAGAUUUGCAUUUCCUGUGUCAUCACAUUUGUUGAUCCAUGUUUGGUAGCUAGCUGAGCCUUGAUCCGCGUAUUCCUUGGUUUAUCUCUCCGUUCAAUUAUUAAUUAUUGGUAGCUGACGAUGUAGCGCUUUGUGCUCUGAGAUAUAUCAGUAAUCAUAAGCGAGACAAAAAUCUCAUGUAUCACUUUGUUUGUUCUAGAAAACGUUGUAGCUGAUACUGAAUUUACGAGGUAAUUAUUAUUCAUGCGGUGAUUUUAUGAUAAUUAUUGUAGCUUUGAUAAAGAUUAUG